CCCAAAACCGGCUCUGGCGGUGACAUCAGAACCGUCGCCAUGUUGUAACCGGCGCUGGGACCCCCAGAGCGACGCCGGGACCCCCCAAACCUGGUCCCAGGAUCCUGCCGCCGCCCCCCGGGACUGUCACCUGCUGCCGCUCAGGUCCCCGCCCAUGGCCGAGGGCUGUUCCCACGCCGUCCCCCCCCGUCCCCUCCCCGGGGACGUCACCGCGGACCCCGACCUUCCCUGGGGCCAGGCUGGAGGCGUCCCCGCGGCGGGGGGUGACACCGGCGUCCCUGCGGUCACCGUCACCCCCUGGGCCGGCGGCAUCACCAUCACCGUCACAGCAGCCCCGGCCGACGAGGACACCGGGGACGACGGGGACGUCCCGGUCAGGAGGGACGCGGGGCGCGGGGGUGCCCCGUGUGACGAGGACGUGGGGGACGGGGACGCGCCAGCCCCCGGGGACGAGGAUGACGGCGACAAGGAUGUCACGGCCGUAGGGGACGCGGGCGGCGGAGAGCGGCGUGGGCCACCCCUCCUGGGCGAGGAUGUCGGGGACGGGGGUGGCACCGCCCCGGGGGACGCUGGGGUCGAGGAUUUUGGGGACGGGGACGUUGGGGAUGGGGGUGGCACCACCCCAGGGGACGUUGGGGAUGGGGACACCCCGGUUCCCGGGGAUGUCACCACUGUGAAGGACGUCGGGGACGGGGGUGGCACCGUCCUGGGGGGCGUUGGGGUCAAGGAUUUUGGGGACGGGGACGUUGGGGAUGGGGGUGUCACUGCCCCAGGGGACACGGACAGGGGGGAGGUCCUGACCCCGAGGGACGGUGGGGACGGUGAUGUCACCGCCCCAGGGGACGCUGGGGACGUCUGCACGGCCGGUGGCAUCACCAUCACGGUGACGGCCCCCCCUGCGGAGGACGAGGACGCGUCCAGCGGGGAUGAGGGCGGCCCCAGCGAUGACGGCGCCGCUGAUGUCACCGCCGGCCUCCCCGGGGAGCGCGUCCCUCGUGACGUCGCGGAGAGCGGUGACGUCGCAGCCGACCGCCCCGGUGCCGUCACCGCAGGGGGCGACAUCCCCUCCGCUCUCCCUGGGGAUGUCCCUGCUGGUGACGUCAUCAGGGGUGACAUCGUCUUCUCCGUCCCUGGUGAUGUCACAGCUGAGGAUGAUGUCGCUCCCUCAGUCCCUGGGGAUGACGUCGUUGUUGACCUUAUCAACAGAGAUGACGUCACUUCCUUUCUCCCUGAGGAAGCCCUCGCUGGUGACGUCAUCACCAAGGCUGAUGUCACCUCCUCCCUUCCUGAGGAUGACGUGGCUGGUGGCGUCAUCCCUGGGAGUGACCUCACGGGCGCCAUCACCGCUGGGGACGUCUUUGCUGCUGAAAUAACCGCCAGGCCUGAUGUCACUUCCGCCCCUCCUGGGGCUGAGCUCGCUGAUGACGUCAUGCCCAGAAAUGACCUCACUGAUGACGUCAUCACCAGGGACACCAUCCCUUCUUCCCCCUCUGGGGAUAUCUGUGCUGAUGAUGUCAUCACCAGUCACGAUCUUAUUCCUCGUCUUCCUGGGGCUGACCCUGCUGUUGACAUCAUCCCCGGGGGUGACCUCACUAAUGACAUCAUCGCGUUUUCUGUGCCUGGGGAUAUCCCUGCCGGUGACGUCAUUGCCAUGGAUGAUGUCACUUCCUCCCUGCCUGCUGCUGGCCAGGAAGUCAAACCUGCCGUUGACCUCACUGGUGACGUCACCUCUGCGAACGAUGGUGACGCCUCUGCUUGGCGUGACUUCGCUGAUGAUGUCAUACCCGAGGAUGACAUCACUUCCUUCAUGCCCAGCGCUAUUGCUGGACGUGACGUCGCUCCCAAGGGCGAUGUCAGAGAUGAUGUCACACGAGGACCUGACCUUGGUGACAUCCUCGGGGGCGACGUCGCCUCCUCCCUCCCGGGAGCCCUCUCUGGCCGUGAUGUCAGCCCUGAGCGUGACAUCACGGAUGACGUCAGCCCUGAGGAGGAGCAACUGCUCCCCGCUGUUAAAGACCCCGUCCGCCCCGGUGAUGACCUCACCGAUGACAUCACCACCGAUGUGCCCACAGAGGGUGGCGGCGGCCGAGGUGACGCCCCAGCCGCCCCCCAGCCCCAGACGCCCCCCCCGGGCUGCCCCCUCGUCUUCCUCGCCCUCGUCUGCCUCCUCCUCGCCCUCCUCCUCCUCGCCGGGGUCUUCGCGGCCGUCCAUUACGUCAAGGUCUUCAUCAUCAGCUCGGCCGCCUUCUCCGUGCCGGGGGCCGAAUCCUUCCCAUGAGCCUUUGUGGCGGGACAGCGGGGGG